UUCCACAGAAUGGGACUACACUGGGCUUCCACCGACUCGUACGAUCUAAAUUAUUUAUAACCGGUCGUUAUUUUUCAGCCGAUACUUUACAAGCAGACGGUUUAUCGUUUUUACGCACGCCCGCCCUUACGAAAGCCGGUUCCCGGCUGACUUCCGAGCGCUUCUUGAAACUGUUGUGAACAAGGAAAUCGUUUCGGGCUAUGUAGCAAGCUAACUCAUCUCAUUUUGCCAUUGGAAAGUUCGGUUCACUUUUUUUUUUACCGUUAACCGAAAGGAAGCAACACAAAGUAAUGACCGAGUACAAACUUGUGGUGGUCGGAGCAGGAGGUGUUGGGAAGAGCGCCCUGACCAUCCAGCUCAUCCAGAAUCACUUCGUUGACGAGUAUGAUCCCACUAUCGAGGAUUCCUAUAGGAAACAAGUGGUGAUUGAUGGGGAGACGUGCCUCUUGGACAUACUGGACACUGCAGGUCAGGAGGAGUACAGCGCCAUGAGGGACCAGUACAUGAGAACAGGAGAGGGCUUUCUCUGUGUUUUUGCCAUCAACAACAGCAAGUCCUUUGAGGAUGUCCAUCUUUACAGAGAGCAGAUCAACAGAGUGAAGGACAGUGACAGCGUUCCCAUGGUGCUCGUUGGGAACAAGAGUGACCUUGGUUCUCGGAGCGUUGAGACACGGCAGGCGCAAGAGCUAGCACGCAGCUAUGGAGUGCCCUUUGUGGAGACAUCUGCUAAAACCAGACAGGGUGUGGAGGAAGCCUUUUACUCACUAGUCCGGGAGAUCAGAAGAUAUAAGGAGACCAAUCGCAGCAAUAAGAAGAGCAAGAAGAGUACUCAGAGACGCUGCACAAUAUUAUAGCGAUAUAUACAAAUGCCAACAUCCCCCACAGCUCGUUUUCCUCACCCAUGCUGCACCUUCUCCAUCACACUGGAGAUGGCCAGCACUACUUUGGACAGGGAAGUAGUCAUGGUAAAUACACUUAAAACAUUUUGUUAUAGCUUUCAUUUUUUUUAUUGCUGAUGCAAUUUCCCCACAUACUCAUUCAGUGAGCAGUGUCCAUACAAUGCUGUGAAUUCAAAUGUUAAAAAAAAAAAAUCUGUCUCAACAAUGAGAAACUAUAUUAAGAGGGUAUUUUGGUUGAUUUUAAUUGCAUUCAGCACUUGUAUAUACUUUUUGUGUGUAUGAAAGAAUUUUGACCACGAACCUAAAUGACAUUCACCACGACAUAGGAUUCUACGUUACUAUUCCCCGUGCUUUUGUAGUAGACACCUUGUUUGAAUGGAAGAGGAAAGAUUGGGUGGGUGACAGUGGGUGUUUUACUGAGCAACAUUAAGUUUUGAUUUGGGUGGUUCCAACUACAGUUAUUUCAUUGGGACAAAUGAUACUACCAGUAAGCUCAAAAUGAACUUGCAUCCUCACAAAAAACAAAAACAAAAAACCCAAAACAUUUAGACUUGCUACUAACACAGAACACUUUCUGUGUACACUUAAGCCCGAUUUACACUUGCCAUAAAAUGCAGCUUAAGCCAGAUGGUAUCAGAAUCUGACUGAAAAAAUUGCAUUUGCAAUUGUUCUCAAAAACAAAAACAUCUGCAGUGGUGGAUCAUGAUAGUGGUGUCAUUGCACUCCCUCAGCAGUUUCCGACAAGAUUAUGAAAAUCAGCUCAAAGUAAAACUAUGCACCAUUUUUCUUCUGACAUUACUGAAGUAGAGAUAGUGUAUGUGGUUUGGAGAAGUCGGUCCAUUUACACUUUGCAAACUUGCAGCCACAGCUUAUCUUGGGGGGGGAGGGGGCAGAAGUGAUUUCAGCAACUGGUAACAAGCUGUCUCCGCUGUGUCUCAGUGGAUUUACACCAAGGACUUUAUCAUCACCAGAGGUGCAUUUUAAUGGCAGAUGUAAAUCCCUUAGACUUUUACCCUGAUCACAACAUAAUGGCCAAGACAUGCUAAUCUUACGUUCAGCCUCAACAGCAAUCUGAGGGCCUGCUUUGCAGCAUAGAAACCAAACUGGAACGACAAGUGUCGACUAAAGAGAUGGCUCACUUUGCUUACCACAAUUUGAGAACUUCUGCUGACUUGUGGUUGCCUAGUCUAUGAGGACCAAUACUGUACUUUGCCCUUUCAAGGCUCAAGGGUUAUACAGUCCAUAUUUGUACAAUUACUUAAAGCUGCAGUACAACACUUUGGAGGUGAAAUUAAGUCUGCAAUAGCUCGGGUGCAUAAAACAAACCAAUAUUAAAAUUAUGUUUUGUUUUUUUUAAAUACUGGUAAUAUUCAUCUGUCAGCACUGUAGGCAUGCAAGAAACAUCACAGGUACAAAGGUAGUCUCUAGCCUCAAACGUGCUGCAUUCUCCCAGGCUCAGGUAUUUGUUAAGCAGUUUUUUUUUUGUUUUUACCACCUAAGAAUUUUGGAUACUCAAAACAUGGGCUUGCAGUUUUUAAGAUUAAACUCAGGAAUAUGAUGUUUUAUCAGGAACCGAGGAUUAACCGCUGAAGGGAUGUGGGAUUAGUGAUGAUCAUCUGAUACGUCAUUACAACACACCCCAAGAGUGAAAGAUCGUUGUUUCCAUUUUCUUCGCACAGUACUUUCACUUCAGAAUCCACCUUUACUAAAUGUUCCUUCUUUCAGUCUAGCUACUGAAGGUUAUACAGGACAAAGUCGCCAUGUCUGAACCCUGUGGAAGAUACACACCCUCCCUAGCAUGAAGUACCACCAAUACUUUAACAUGCAAUGUGUAAAAAUUAUCCUCCUGAAAGUUUCAACAUACUACAUUCAAAUCGCACUGAAACCAAACAAUAAAAUGUGUUAAAUGCAAUGUUUACUGUGUGCAUUAAUAUUUCAAGAUGCAAAAAGACAUGCCCACCCACUGAAACUUGUGACCUGAGCCUUGUCAAAAACAUUGCUGGCAUGACAAUCUACUGUGACUUAUUGGCAACAAAAAAAUUGCUUAAACAAAAAUAGCUAUGAUGCUGUAAUCAGGUGUAGUUUUGAAACAACAAACAUCUAAUCUCAACCAAAACAUAGUAGCUAAUGUUUAGAAUAAAAUGCCUCACUCCCUGGGUAGUACAGGUAUUUUUUUUUACCUCGACACUGACAAAGGGUAGAAAACCCAGGUUUUUUCAUUAAACCGAUGUCGGGCGCAAAACACUACUGGAAAUGUUCACAUACUGCCACAGCUAUACAGUAUACUACAUCUGCCCUCGUACAAGCAAGCACUCCCAAACAAACACACAACGACUGAAACCAUGUUCAUUCUGCAGGAUCAUAGAAAUGUUCUUCUGGCAGUUGUAAUUAUAGUGCAGCUUAAAUGUCUUCCCAGGCAAAAAUGAAUUCAGUGAGCAAACUCUAAAGUGUUUGUAAAAACUGCAGACGGCUUCCCCCAUCCAUCCAUUAUCCAAACCACGUAUGCUACUCAGGGUUGCGGGGAUGCUGGAGCCUCAAAUCAAUGACAUUUAACAGACCGGGAUAAAGUUGGUUUUAGUUUGGAUAUUGGACAUUCGAGGGUAUUUAAGGGACCGUUUUCAAAAACUUCAAUAGCUUCCCAUAUGAACGUCCAUCUCAUAAAAACCGAGUGUUUUAGAAAGUGCACAACAGGAGGGUCAAUUUGCAGCAAUGACAUUUUUGAAAUGUUUUGUUAUUUUUCAUAAAUGUUUAUAUUCCAAAAAAAAAAUAAAUUCAAUAGCAUCCUGUAUAAAGGGCUUACUUAUAUUACAAAACCAAGUGUGUUAGAAAGUGUACACCAGGAUGGUCAAUCUAAGGCAAUUACAUUUUUGGAAAAAAAAAAGUUGCUGAAUUUUCAUUAUUUUUUAUAUUACAACAAUAGCUUACAAAAUAGGGUGCCCUGUACUAUUGGUGCUUGGCCC